AAAAUACUAUUUAUUUUCAGUGUUACCUUCCUGUCUUCUGAUAUGGUUUUUUGUUGUUUUCAAAAUUUGAAUCACAACAACACUGUGUAGAGAUUUUCGUUUUUUUUUUAUUAUUUCGUCUCUCUCCUUUUGUUUUUUUUCUCGUUAAAACUCACUCCUUUGUUUCCUUCUCUUUUUUUUACUCAAAAAAGUGUACGGAGAAUGGACGGAGGAACACUGCAUAGCCUCAGAACAGUAGAGGAAGUCUUUAAGGAUUUCAAAGGCCGCCGUGCAGGAAUCAUCAAAGCCUUAACCGCCGAUGUUGGAGAAUUUUUUGAACAGUGCGAUCCUGAGAAGGAGAAUCUUUGCUUGUAUGGACUUCCUACUGAACAGUGGGAAGUUACUUUACCUGCUGAGGAAGUGCCUCCCGAGCUUCCGGAGCCCGCAUUGGGUAUUAACUUUGCUAGAGACGGGAUGCAAGAAAAGGACUGGUUGGCACUUGUUGCUGUUCAUAGUGAUGCGUGGUUACUAGCAGUGGCUCACUAUUUUGGUGCUAGGUUUGGUUUUGAUAAAGCUGACAGGAAACGUCUCUUCACUAUGAUAAAUGAUCUCCCUACAAUAUUUGAAAUCGUCUCUGGAAGUGCCAAGAAACAGACAAAGGAGAAGUCAUCAGUUUCAAAUCAUAGCAGCAAUAAAUCCAAGUCCAGUGGAAAAGCUAGAGGGUCUGAAUCUGCUAAAUACUCAAAGAGCGUGCAACUCAAGGAUGAGGAAGAGGGUUUGGACGAGGAAGAGGAAGAGGAGCACGGGGACACCUUGUGCGGCGCAUGCGGAGAGAACUAUGCUUCGGAUGAGUUCUGGAUUUGCUGCGACAUAUGUGAAAAGUGGUUCCAUGGCAAAUGCGUAAAGAUCACCCCCGCCAGGGCCGAGCAUAUUAAGCAGUACAAGUGUCCCUCUUGCAGCAACAAGAGAGCACGACCUUGACCCCAAGGAAAAUGCCAGUUCAAUCAGGUUGUAAUCUUUAUCAGGGACUUUCAGUUGGAUGUAAAGUAUUAGUAGUUUCCCGGUGCUGAACAUGUACUCUUGAUUCCAGAUUUCGGAUAUAUAACUUUCACUCGCAGGAAAACUCGUUGCCAGAUAAAGUAAAGACCGUGCUAGUUCAUUUGCA